UCAUCCGCGCCCCCUCCCAUCCCCCUGACGCCGCCAGACCCGGGGGGGGCGGCCAGGUCUGGACCUCGGACCCCGGCCUAGCGCCGCUGCACCGAGCCCCCCUCCUGCGGAUGUAGCUGCCGCCUCCGUCACAGCCCUUGCCAUCCUCCUGGGCCAUGGCCAUGGAACCUCCUCCCCCCCAGGCGUCUCCCUCCCCAGAACCGGGCCCCUCGUCCACCCCCGAGGCUCCCGCACAGCCCCCCAGGCUUGGCCGCUACCUCCUCAUCGACACGCAGGGCGUUCCCUACACGGUGCUGGUGGAAGAGGAGGCCGAGACCCCCGCGGGGGAGGUGGCGGUGGGCUCCACCUCCCGAAAGUGCUACAGCUGUCCCGUGUGUUCCCGAGUCUUCGAGUACUUGUCCUAUCUCCAGAGACACAGCGUCUCCCACUCGGAGCUCAAGCCCUUCGUCUGCGCGGUCUGUGGGAAAGCCUUCAAGCGGGCCAGCCACCUGGCCCGCCACCGGUCCACGCACAGGGUGGGGGGCGGCCGGCCCCACGCCUGUCCCCUGUGUCCCCGGAGAUUCCGAGACGCGGGGGAGCUGGCCCAGCACAGCCGCGUCCACUCGGGCGAGCGACCCUUCCAGUGCCCUCACUGCCCUCGGCGCUUCAGUGAGAGAAAUACCCUGCAGAGACACACUCGGAGGAAGCAUCCGUGACAGGGGUCUGAAGAGCCUGGCUGUGUCCCCGCGGGGGCCCCGACCAGGGGAAAGGACCGGAGAGCUGGGGCUCGGAUAAUCCCCCUCAAGUUCAGGGCCGAGGGGCAGGACCUCCACACACACACCAACCAAGAGCUCUGAGGCUGGCACCCUGGCUCGGACCAGUCAUGUCUCCGGGCCACUUUCCUCCCUUCUGCCAUGAGGGCGUCAGACUAAGAUGACCUCUCAGGUCCCCGUCAGCUCCAGCCUGCUGGACACGGGUGCGGCUCCCGGCCUGGGAGGCGCCUCUUCGAGGGGGUGGCCGGCCCUUCCUUUCUCAGAGGAAGCAUUUGGUGCGUGGGAAGAAUCUGAGCAGCCGCCCCACUAGGCUGUAGGUCUUCUGGUGGCCAUUUGCGGAGGGUCUGAAGGAGCUGGGGGAGCCUCCAUCCCACCCCCACUCCCACCUGGGAGAGCACUGGGCUGCCAGGUCCCAAAGCAGCGGGGGAUCCCCUAGAACUGCCCUGGGGGCAGAUGGGAUGUCUCCUCUGCCUCUCUUUGUAGGCCGGGCCUUGUGGUGAGGAAAGGCCCCAUCCCGGCCCCAAGGGCUGCAAACCAAUGAGCAGAAUAAAUGCAAAGAGUUUUCAGUGAGGAGACUCGGGAUUGGUGUGUGACAAAAUC